AUGUACGAACCUAUUAGAGGACGCGAUGAUGCUGAGGAAGAGAACAAGUGUGGAGUGCAGCACUCGGCUAUUGAGGAUGAAGAUGAUGUUGAAAUGGCCGUCCAUGCAAGAUCCAGCUCCGUUAUUCCAAAUGCCGCUGGUGGUUUCAAUUCGAUUGUAGAGGAAACUUCCAAGCAAAAGCAGCAACAUCAACAACGCCUUGUCUCACUGGACGUUUUUCGCGGCAUCACUGUGGCGCUAAUGAUACUCGUGGAUGAUGCCGGUGGAAUCCUGCCUGCUAUUAAUCAUUCACCUUGGAAUGGUUUAACCCUUGCAGAUUUUGUCAUGCCAUUUUUCCUCUUUAUUGUUGGUAUUUCACUUGCACUUACCUACAAGAAAUUGUCAUGCAGAGCUGUUGCAACCAGAAAAGCAAUAUUACGGGCCUCGAAGCUUUUAACAUUAGGCCUUUUCCUUCAAGGUGGCUUCAUCCAUGGUGUAAAGGAUUUAACUCAUGGAGUGGAUAUUGAAUAUAUGAGAUGGAUGGGUAUACUUCAGAGAAUUGCAAUAGCAUAUCUGCUGGCAGCAUUGUGUGAGAUUUGGCUGAAGGGUGAUAGUAAUGUUAAUUCGGGAUCAUCUCUGCUCAGGAAAUAUCGAUUCCAGUGGGCUUUGGCUUUGAUGCUUACCGCUCUUUAUCUUUCUUUGUUAUAUGGCUUGUAUGUGCCUGAUUGGGACUUUCAGAUUCCAAUUGGAACUUCCUCCUCUACACCAGAAUUGUUUACAGUUAAAUGUGGAGUCCGUGGUGACACUGGUCCAGCUUGUAAUGCUGUUGGAAUGAUUGACCGUAAGAUAUUGGGUAUACAACAUUUAUAUAAAAGACCAGUCUAUGCAAGAACACAGCAAUGCAGUAUUAACUCCCCAGACUAUGGCCCAUUACCUUCUGAUGCUCCAUCAUGGUGUCAAGCCCCUUUUGAUCCUGAAGGACUUUUAAGUUCAGUGAUGGCCGUUGUUACCUGCUUGGUUGGUUUGCAUUAUGGGCACAUUAUUGUCCAUUAUAAGGAUCACAGAGAUAGGAUCCUUCACUGGAUGAUUACAACCUCUUGUCUCGUUAUAUUGGGCCUCGCCUUGGAUUCCUGUGGGAUGCAUGUAAACAAGGUUCUCUACACAUUCAGCUACACGUGUUUCACUGCUGGUCUUGCUGGCCUUCUUUUUGCUGGAAUUUACUUGAUGGUUGAUGUGUGUGGAUAUAGGCGCCCUACUGUGGUGAUGGAGUGGAUGGGGAUGCAUGCGCUGAUGAUUUAUAUCCUUGCAGCCUGCAACGUCGUGCCAAUUGUCCUCCUGGGAUUUUAUUGGGGGCGGCCUCAGAAUAAUAUUCUUAGGUUAAUUGGAAUUGAAACAUGAAAGCGUAGCAUAAAAGUUAGCGGUGUCAAGGGCGUUGAUUUUGGGUAGUUCCAGUUGGUGCUGAGAGAAAUUUGGAGUUAAGGUCUUUGACAAUUGGAGGCGGCAAACUCUCUCUUUCUUUGAUCAAUACACGCUCUCGAAUGGAGCUUAAUUCUGUAUAAAUAUGUAAGGCAGAACCUCGAAACAAGAUCACUUAAUCACAAGUUCCAUCAUCUUUUCGAUGGUAAUUCUUAUGAUCUCUGUAUGAUGCAGCUUUUUAUGAUAUAUGGUAAUCGCGUAAGAAUAGUUAAAGAGAA